AUGGAGGAUAACGUCCCUGAACAGGCUAAUGUCAACACAGAAAAAUGUACGGACUGCACAAUGGAUAUAUCCAUAAAAAACAGGGGAGAAUCUAGCAUUUUACAUAACGCUCUAGAUUCAGUCCAUAGCUGGGUGGUGGGGAAUAAGAUGGAACUGUAUGUCAAGAAGACAAAAGAUAUGUGGAUCAGCUUCUCGGGAGAACCACCCCCACCACCCGUGCGCAUAGGAGAUGCU